AUGAAAGGAAACGUAGCAGUUAUUGGAGCUGGGCUCGUAGGAGCAGUUGCAGGAUUAUCACUAGCACAUGAAGGAUAUAAUGUGACGAUUUUUGAGCUCCGUGCGGAUCCUAGGCUAGCAGAUACUGAGGAUAAGAACUUGAGAUCUAUUAAUUUAGCAGUUAGUAAUCGAGGUAUCAGAACCCUGAGAAUGAUUGAUCCUCAGAUGGCUGAGCGAGUUUUAGCAGAUGUUCUUCCAAUGAAAGGCCGCAUGAUUCACGAUUUGAAAGGAAACCAAGCAGAGCAGUUAUAUGGGCUUUACGGUGAUGCUAUCUACUCUAUUGAUAGGGGAGUGUUGAACGAGAACUUAUUGCACGAAAUUGAACUGUUUGAUGAAGCAAAAAAUGAAGGCUCUAUCCAGACAAAGUUUGAGCACAAGUUAGUUAAUAUGGAUUUUGGUAACGACAACGAUGAACAUUCUCCGGUUGAACUUACUUUCAGGCGCAAAAACUCCAACGACGAUGUUCAUUUGAAGUUUGACAUGGUGAUAGGGGCUGACGGAGCUCAUUCUAUUACGAGGGCCUUUUUGGGUAAGAAAGUAAGGAUGGACUAUUCUUCACAAUAUAUAGACAAGUGUUACGUUGAGUUAUACAUUCCGCCAUCCGAUGAUCCAAGCAACAAGUUUUCCAUUUCUCCCAACCAUCUACACAUCUGGCCCAGAGUAGAUUUCAUGUUAAUUGCGUUACCCAACACUGAUGGAUCGUUUACGUCCACUUUUUUUGGUCCCUGGAAGCUAACAGAGUCUCUGAGAACCGAGGAGCAAAUUUCAUCUUUUUUCUCUGACCAGUUCCCUGACGCAGUGAACCUUAUUGGUGAAAAAAGCCUAGUGCGUGCCUUUCAAAAUAAUCCUAAGGGAUCUCUAUUACAGGUCACAUGUUCUCCUUAUCAUUUUAAGGGAAAGUGUAUAAUCAUUGGGGAUGCUGCGCAUUCUAUGGUGCCGUUUUAUGGUCAAGGUAUGAAUUGCGGAUUCGAAGACGUUCGUGUUUUAACUGAGCUUCUCAAAAAAUACAAACAUGUCUCUGAAGACGCGUUUGAGGCAUUCACUGAAACUAGGCACAAGGAUUUGUUAGCUAUUCUGAGUUUAGCCUUGGCUAACUACCAUGAAAUGUCUGCCAAAGUUACAUCAAACUUGUAUAAACUGCGGAAAGCAACGGACGGUUUUUUACACAAACUACUAGGUGAUCACUGGCUGCCUUUAUACACCAUGGUAUCUUUUAGAGACGAUAUACCAUACCACGAGGCCCUGGAAAUUGAAGCUAAUCAACAUCGUUUAGUUUCCAUAUUCGGUGGGGUUACAAUUUUAUCUGCUUCUGUAGCCAUAUUAUACGGGCUCAAAAGAGGGCUCAAAAUUUAA